GUUUAGGGAAGCACAAGGAAGCUGAUUUCACUCGCGUGGAGCGGUCAGAUCAGGCAGUGGCAGUGAAGGAGCCGAUGGACAAGUGUGAGACCUGGAGCAGCGGAAAACUUGACAGAAAUUUAAUUAACACUGAUUCCUGGUGGUUUAUUGCCGGAUAAUGGAUUUGGAUUUACCGCCACGUUAAGUUAUUCCUACAGAAAAGCGCAAACGAGCAACGCGAAAAAGGAAAUAUGUUGAACACAGGUUAUCAUAAGCCACCUGUGGCUCCAAAACCUAAAGUUGUCCUGUUUCCAAAGCCGGGCCUGUCCCCUGCUUCUCCGAGAGAAGAGGGCCUCUUGCUGCCACCUAUUCCCACAGCUCGGAAACCAAAACCGCUUCUAGCUCCCAAGCCCAUCCUCCCUAAAGUGACUGAUCCGCCAAAUCCCAUUAAGAAGCUGACAACUGUACCAGACAGCACAGUGGGCCUGUUAAACUCUCAAAAUGGACUCCACCAAGAAAACAAACGGCCAAACUGGGAUUAUAUCAUUCCUAUUUGUUUGUGCAGCAAUGAAAACUGCAGAUGCAUCAAAAAUGAAAGAUUUGCCAAAAUGGAAAAAGACUUGAUAACACAAAACAAAAGUAAAACUGAAACUGAACACAGAAAAGUGGAGAAUAAUAAUAUUGUGAACAAUAAUCAGUCAAAAUCUCCUAUAUUGGAGAACACUACUCAAAAUGAUUCAACAGGGAAUAAUUCAAAUGGGACUGUCAUCAAAAAUCACAAACCUGUCUACAGCCCCUUGACUAAUGGCCCAUCUUUAACUCACAAAGUCCAACAGGAGGCCAAAACUAACGUCAUUCCUAAAAGAACACUUGGACUUGCACCAAAAGAAGACAAAAUUUGUAGUUCAUCCACCACUAUCCAAAACUCAACACCCACUAGGAAACCAGCCCCUGUCCCUGUACCUCGGAAACCCCGGGUGAAGGAGCAGGAAAAGGUGGAGGGCGAGAUAGGGAACCAGGAAGUGAGUGAGGUGUCAUCAGAACUGAAGAACUGCCCAUCCGUAUCUGUCAAUACACCUGCUCCGGCUCAUUUAAACGCCCCUGCGCCCAUCCACAAACCAACAUACGCCCCACCACCUCCUCCGGACAAAAAGCCAUUUCUCUCUGACAUAAGUAAAAGUUUUAGCAGUGACGAUGUAGAUGAGGAGGACUUGGGUUGGGAUGUUCACGAGAUGGAGCUUUCAGUUGAUAAAAGUGACGAUGAGCAUGAGAAAGGAGACAGCAUUGAAGAGCCAAUCUACAAUUCUGUAUACAGCCCUAUUAGCUCACCAGUCCAACCAAAAGAACAAGUGAUAAAAUUACCGCCACAGAAACCCCUAAGACGGAAAAGUGGAAUGACAAGAAGUAUGGAAUUGGUACAGGACAAAGACCCCAAGAUACCUGGACAAAAGGAGAUUCGACCUUCACAGUAUACUAAAGAAGUCAUCAUGAGGCAGCUGCCAUUGCCACCAACCAACGAGAUGACCACAAAACCCACGGAAACAAUCAAAUCUCGUUCUUCAAGUCUUAACAAAGCCAAGUCGUUUUCUUGCACUGAUGCCUCUCGCCCUCAAAAACUCAGAAAGAACUCGUUUAAGAAGUUUCUGGACCUGAAGCUAAAGAAGUUCAUGGGAAAAGAAUGUCAGACGCAUGAUACUAGCUCUGAAGAUGAAAAGGUACAGGAAUACAAGGGUGAGCGCAAGCUUUCCUGUCCACUUAUUGAAAAACGCCUAGAUGAAGAAGUGUUUAAUCAUGCAACUGAGCAGCAGGAAUACUAUGAAGACAUCCCUGUUUAUGAGGAUAUAGAAGACUAUGUGAAUGUCAACAUGGAAGAGGAAAAAACAUCACCAUGGGAGAAAGAUGUAUGGCCAAGUCCAAUGUCUAACGAUGAUGAUGAUGAUGAGGGUCUGUAUGAAGUUCAGGAGCCAUACUUUAAACUGGAGAAGAACACUGCACCACCACACGAAGAACAGUACAACUAUCCCAGAGCUUCCUACCAGAUUUACACAGCUGAGGAAAGACUGUCAGAUGAAGACAUAAUGGGCAACACCACUGAUGAAGAGUAUGAUGAUGAUUUUGAUACAAGCUCAGUGUCCAGUAAAGGAGAAGAGCCUGAACAAAUAGUGGAGAGUGCGACUUUGAUGAGGAGAAAAGAAAAGAUAAAACACAUUGCCACAGAAAUAAUGACUUCUGAGAAUGUGUUUGUCAAUGUCCUCAAGCUACUUCAUGUUGACUUUCGCAAUGCUGUGUUUGCUGCAUCCCAUAAUAGUGGAAAACCUGUGAUUGAAGACCAGGUGUUGGACCAGAUCUUGUUCUAUCUCCCACAGCUCUAUGAACUAAACCAACAACUGCUGAACGAGCUGCAGCAAAGAGUCGCUACCUGGGGAGAGAACUCAAAGGUGGCAGAUAUCUUUGUAAAAAAAGGGGCUUUUUUGAAGAUGUACUCCAACUACAUCCGUGAGUUUGACAAGAAUGUGACUCUACUGGAUGAGCAGAUAAAGAAGAACCCGGCAUUUGCUGCAGUCGUUCGAGAGUUUGAGGCAAGUCCACGUUGUGCCAACUUGGCUUUGAAACAUUAUCUCCUUAAGCCUGUUCAGAGAAUACCACAAUAUCAGCUGCUGCUUACAGACUAUCUCAAAAACUUAUUGGAAGACUCUGCUGAUUAUAAGGACACACAAGAGGCACUUGUUAUUGUGAAGGAAGUUGCCAACCACGCCAAUGACAUCAUGAAGCAAGGGGAUAUCUUUCAGAAGUUGAUUCAAGUGCAGUGCAGACUCAUUGGCAAUCAUGAAAUUGUCCAGCCAGGCAGGGUUUUUCUGAAAGAAGGGGUAGUCAAUAAACUUUCCAGGAAAACAAUGCAGCCCAGAAUGAUUUUUCUGUUUAAUGACAUGCUGCUGUACACCAUUCCUGUCCAGUCAGGCCAGUUUAAGGUUAAAAAAAUGCUAUCUCUGGCUGGAAUGAAGGUCAAAAAACCAUCCCUAGAGGCUUUCCAAAAUGAGUUCAUAAUUGAGAGUGUAGAGCGCUCCUUCAUCUGUUCAGCCAGCUCAGCCACAGAAAGAGAAAAAUGGCUUGAGGCGUUUUCUACAGCAAUCAGUGACUUUACAAAGAAAAAGACCAGUUUUAUCCCAGGCAAAACUUCGGACAAGGUGGAAAUUGAAAUUGGUGCUGCUCUUGGUUCAAAGGCUCCUAUAUGGAUCCCGGACCCAAGAGCAACAAUGUGCAUGAUCUGUACGUGCGAGUUUACUCUAACAUGGAGGCGACAUCAUUGCCGCGCAUGUGGAAAGGUUGUGUGUCAGUCUUGUUCCACCAAUAAAUACCGCCUUAAAUAUCUAAAAGGCCAGUGGGCACGAGUGUGUGACCAGUGUUUUGUUGUGCUUCAGAAACAAGAAAAUGAAAAGGCCAUAUCGUGUACAGCGAGCAACAAAACUGCUUUUGCUUUUAACCGUAAACACAAGAAAAUCCCUGCUCAUCUCACAGAGGUGUCUGCAAAUACAAUUAAUUCUACCAUGAGUGGAUAUUUAGAGAGAAUUAAACCUAACAAAAAGCAGGGAAAGAGAAUGUGGUUUGUCAUCAAAGGAAUGGUUCUGUACACAUAUGCUGCCAGUGAGGAUGUUGCUGCCUUGAAAAGUCAACCACUGUUAGGCCUAACAGUGAAGUCGGACUCAAAGUUACAAUUUAGACUCGUCCACAAAGACAAAGUUUUUUACAUUUUUAAAGCUGAUGAUGAGCAAAUAGCAGAGAGGUGGAUUGAGGCUAUGAGAAAGACCUCUGUGCUGGAAGCUUGAUAAGACUAUUUCUACCUCCAAGUGUUUUUAUCAUGUGUAUACUGUGCUAUUUUAAACACUUCUGUAGAAGUGUUGUUUUUUUUGUAUUUAAUGAUAUGCAUACAAAGUGUUUUAUUCAGUUGCACAAGUGUCAAUAUUUGCAUAUGAAGUAAUUAUUAAUUUGUAAAUAUCGGUUUAUCUAUUAUUUUCAAAAUGAAGUAGCUUUCACAAGAUUGAUCUACAUUGAUGGUUCUUAUUUUAAUUAUUCACAUUACUUGUGUUGUGUUAUUUUUGUUAACCACUUAAAUCACCAUGUUGUAGAGUUCAGUCAAUUGUAUUGUUAAAGGAAUUUCCCUGAACAAAUAUUGUUGCACAAAAUUUGCACUCAAAUUACAAUGUCUGCCAUAGUGUUUUGGUAGCGUGUUUCUGUUGAACUGCGUUUAAUAAACGUGAACUUCAUU